AUGUCGAAAUCGGCUACACAGCAGGCGGCAGGGCGCUCCUUGAUCGCCCUGAUUGCCGACGAAGACUCGACUACGGGGUUUAUUCUCGCGGGCAUUGGCGACGUCGACAAGAAGGGAAACAAAAACUUUUUCGUGGUCGACAACAAGGUGCCUGUCGCGGCUAUUGAAGAGGCGUUUGUCGCAUAUACUACGGAGCGGGAAGACAUUGCCAUUGUGCUUAUCAACCAGCACAUUGCCGAUAAAAUCCGGCCGCUGAUGGAAAAGUAUACGCAAGCGUUCCCAGCGGUGCUCGAGAUCCCCAGCAAAGACCACCCUUACGAUCCGGCUAAGGAUGCUAUUUUGAAGCGCGUCCAAAAGCUCCUGCGUGCAUAG